AUGCUCAUUAAGGAUGAAUCAAACACAUUUUUCUACAUAACUUCCUCAAAUAUAUUCUUUUCAGAGGGCCGCAACCUCGCCGACUGUGACGGCACAGCUUGUGGUUCCGAAGCAUGCGGCGGUGGGGUCUGUGUACUAGAGCAGGGCCGCGCUCGCUGUGCAUGCGGGGCCGCCUCCAACUACGUGGGCACGGGCCCCCGGUGCAGACGACAUGCGGCCUGCUCCCCGGCCUCCUGUGUGUGGCCAAGAGGCCGGUGUAGAGCUGGUAGAUGUGUGUGCGGCCCUGGAUAUGCUGGCACCUUCUGCGAUAAUAAGAUCGAAAUCAAAAUCCCUCAAUUUGACGGUACAUCGCUAGUCUCCUUGGGUCGCCAGCCAGCAGCCAGUCAUACGAACCAGCAACGCAUUGCACCUUCUCUCGGGAGGCCCAACUAUAUCGGACUCAACUUUACUACUGCUGAACCAAAUGGUCUACUGGUUUGGAUUGAUAUGGGUACCGACUACAUUGGCUUAGGUCUUGAAAAGGGUUUCCUCAGACUAGUCUGGUCAUUCCAUCAUAACAACAUUAGUACCAACUACAUUAAUUCAGCUCGGCCUACCAGAACAUUGUCCAGAUUGAUGCCUCAUGCAGGAUUCCUUAGUGACGCUGAGUGGCACGUUUUAAUACUAAAGAUGGAUAAGAUUAAUAUUACAUUGACUGUUGAUAAAACACUGGUUUAUACAGAAGAACCAGGAAUGGUGAAUAAAGCUGAUAACGUGGACGUGUAUAUUGGUGGUAUAUCCGACCAAGAAUACACAAUAGCUAAGAAAAUAUUUCCCCAAAACUUCAAAGGCUGUAUUGAUAACAUUUCUACAAAGGAGAAGUCUUACCUAUCUAACUAUACUGAAGUGUACAGUGAAAAUGUGAAGUCGUGCCAACUGUUCCCACCAAUCUAAACAGGCUUUAGUAAUAAAUCUAGGUUUAAGUGAAAAUACUCAUAGUACAAAAACUCUAGUCUUCUUAUAGGACCAAAGUUGUGUCUUAUUUAAUAGCGGUGUUAUAGUUAUUAUUACUUAGGUACUGAGUUACUACACAUUUUGUAAUAAAUGGAUUGACUUGUCAGUGUUGUAAAAUAGACCGUAAUUAUGGAUGGAAUAUUGUUAUUAAGUUUUGUGGUAUGUUUUGUAUUGUCGUAGAAAAACAAAUUAAACAUUCA